UUGUCUUAUCAAUGACUUUAAAUCUGUAGGCUGGUAUGGGUGGAGGAACUGGUACUGGUGCAGCUCCUGUUGUUGCAGGCAUUGCUAAGUCCAUGGGUAUCUUGACGAUUGGUAUAGCCACAGUUCCAUUCUCUUUUGAGGGGCGAAGACGCACUAUUCAAGCUCAGGAAGGAAUUGCAGCUCUGAGAAAUAACGUUGACAUGCUGAUUGUCAUUCCUAAUGACAAUUUGUUAACAGCAGUUUCACAGGCCACCGUGGUAACAGAUGCUUUUAAUUUGGCUGAUGAUACACUCCGACAAGGUGUUCGUGGUAUCUCUGAUAUAAUUACGGUUCCAGGUCUUGUUAAUGUUGAUUUUGCUGACGUGCGAGCUAUUAUGAAGAAUGCUGGUUCUUCCCUUAUGGGAAUAGGAACUGCUACUGGCAAGAAUAGGGCAAGAGAUGCUGCAUUGAAUGCUAUCCAAUCACCUUUGUUAGAUGUUGGUAUCGAAAGAGCUACAGGGAUUGUGUGGAAUAUAACUGGUGGAGUUGAUUUGACUUUGUUUGAGGUGAAUACUGCAGCAGAAGUUAUCUACGACCUUGUAGAUCCAAAUGCAAAUUUAAUAUUUGGAGCAGUGAUUGAUCCAUCACUUAAUAAUCAAGUUAGCAUAACUCUGAUUGCCACAGGAUUCAAGGGUCAAAAUGAAAGUGAACGGAAGGCAACUCAGGUUGCGCACAGUGAUGGGUUCCUUGGAAGCAAUAGACGUUCCUUUAACAGUAAUAGCGGUUCAGUGGAAGUCCCUGAGUUCUUAAGGAAGAAGGGGCGCGCUUCUUACUACUCAAAUUCUUGAGGUUCUUUUCUUGAAAUGUACAGAUGUCUUUUUUUUUUUUUUUCUCCAUUAUCAGCUGUUGUCAAACUUUGUCCAAGUAGGAAAUAGUAUGCAAAUGCAAUAGUAUACAUCUUAACUAUGCAAUAUCUUUUAUCCAGUUAACAGUUUUUCA